AGGAGGCCAGGCAACCGACCAAGUGCUGUCAGCCCUGCAUUGUCCCAUCUGCAGGUGGGACUGGACAGGAAAGCCGCUCCUCUUGUCUGUUCAGGUGGAUUGGAUCAGGCGCAAGGAGCAUGUUCCAUGCGUGGUCAAAUGCAGCCUGAUGCCAAUGGUUCUCUUCUGGAACUGCUUUAUAAUCUAAAGAGAUGUUUUUAAAAUUAAUAUUCAGGUUCUUGCUGUUUCCUGCCUGUAUCUGGAAAGCCUGAGCUUUUCCGUCUUCCAUGUGAGAAGCUGUGCUAGCACGAAGGAUCCUGGGAUCAUUUGGAUUGUCUUUGCCUGGCAGUUAGAAGAUCAAGGGUGAGUGGCCAACAGGAGGACCAGAAGGGGAACUCCAGGGACCUCUAUCUUCUCCAGGGUAGGAUUUGCCAGCCCUCAGUCCCAGUCUGCAUCAGAGUAGUUUAGUCCUCUGUGGGAGCCAGGAGCAGCUAUAGUUUGUGGUGGACCUGCUGUGAUUGUGCCAUCUUAUGGUGGUGUCAGUGUCUCACUCUGUGUCCAGGCGAGGCAAUGGAAAGCAGAGCAGAGAUGGAGAUUGUGAGGACCACGAAGGGGAAUACCACAGGGGAGGUCAGCGUCCACGUGGUCACCACCGAGAACACUGUGCAGAGCACCCAUCUGCCAACAACUGCCUUCAUCAUACCAGCAAAUGCCACUACCAUCAGCCUUCCCACAAGCACCUUAGAAAUUCAGCGAUUCUCCCGGGAGCCGCAGAGAAGUGCAGGGGCCGAGAGGCCGGAGAGGGGCACGGCGGGCGAGCCCAUCACGGCCACCGUCAUCCCCCAGAUCAGCGGGGUGCAGACCUGCAGCACAGUCCGUGUGCUGGAGUGGAAAGAUGGAGUAGCUACUUUGCCUGGAAGUAAUCUGCGGUUUCGAAUAAAUGAGUACGGGACGCUGAAGGUGGUGAGUACUGAUAAGAUGCCUCCAGUGGAAGCCGUAAAGGAGGGUCACACAGAGAAAGAUGGGAACUCAGAGGUGACACCCACCGGCAGGGACAAUCCUACUGUGGCUCAGGACGUGCCAGAGCAGACCAAGUUGCCAACAGCAGAAACCGUGUGCCACUGUGAUACCUGUGGCCGGAGACACGUGUCAGAUGGAGCCCGGGAAGGCAGGGGCUUCUGCAGUGAGCACUGUCACCAGCAGUUCAAAGAAAGGUCCGUCAUUGUAGAAAACUCUGCCAGCACCACCAAUGCCACUGAAAUCCUCAAGCCAGUGAAGAAACGAAAGAGGAAGGACUACCAGAGCCCUUCAGAGGAAGAAUAUGAAUCUGAGCAAAUGGAGGAAAAGCAGGAAGAGAAGAAUAACUCUGUGGGAGACUCUGCCUUCAGCAAUCCAGAGCCUGAUGCGUGGAAUGGGAACCAGCACGGUAUGGAGGGACCAGGUGCCAGUGAGGAGAAGAAAGAAGGCUGGUCUUGGGCGUCCUACUUGGAGGAGCAGAAAGCUGUCGCUGCCCCUUUAGAUCUCUUCCAGGAUUACCAAGUAGCCUCCCAGCACAAGAAUGGCUUUAAAGUGGGGAUGAAGCUGGAGGGGAUCGAUCCACAGCACCCAUCUAUGUACUUCAUCCUAACGGUGGCUGAGGUGUGUGGUUACCGGAUGCGCCUCCACUUUGAUGGCUAUUCCGAGUGCCAUGAUUUCUGGCUGAAUGCUGACUCCCCUGACAUCCACCCUGCUGGCUGGUUUGAGGAGACAGGGCACAAACUGCAGCCCCCGAAAGGGGUUGUAGGUUACAAGGAAGAAGAAUUCAGCUGGACAAACUACCUGAAAAUAACAAAGGCUCAGGCAGCUCCUAAGUACCUCUUCAUGGUCCGAAACACUCAUGAGGCUUCCCCAGGCUUCGAGGUGGGCAUGAAGCUUGAAGCUGUGGACCGCAUGAAUCCUUCCCUGAUCUGUGUUGCCACAGUGACUGACGUGGUGGACAAUCGGUUUUUGGUGCACUUCGACAACUGGGAUGAUACUUAUGACUACUGGUGCGACCCCAGCAGCCCAUACAUCCACCCUGUUGGCUGGUGUCAGGAGCACGGCAAACCCCUCACACCUCCCCAAGAUUAUCCUGACCCCGACAACUUCACCUGGGAGAAGUACUUAAAAGAAACUGGAGCAUCUGCUGUCCCAGCUUGGGCCUUUAAAGUGCGUCCGCCCCACGGCUUCCUGGUCAACAUGAAGCUGGAAGCAGUGGACAGGAGGACUCCUUCCUUCAUCCGAGUGGCCAGUGUGGAGGACGUGGAAGAUUACAGGAUAAAGAUCCAUUUUGAUGGCUGGAGCCACGUCUAUGACUUCUGGAUUGAUGCAGAUCAUCCAGACAUCCACCCCAUAGGCUGGUGCUCAAAAACUGGACACCCACUGCAGCCUCCUCUCAGGCCAAAGGAACCAGCCUCCUCUGCCCACGGGGGCUGCCCAACCCUGGGCUGCAAGAGCAUCCCUCACAACAAAAGCUCCAAGUACAGCUUUCACCACAGGAAGUGCCCGACGCCGGGUUGCGACGGCUCAGGACACGUCACUGGGAGAUUCACAGCCCAUUACUGCCUCUCAGGGUGCCCGCUGGCAGAGAAGAACCAGGGCAGGCUUAAGGCAGACUUGUCCGACACCGAGGCCUCAACUCGCAAGAGGAACCUCAUAGGCUUCCCUCAGCGAAAGAAAUCUCGGCACCAUGGGAGAGGGCGACCUCCAAAGUACCGGAAGAUCCAGCAGGAAGACUUCCAGACUAUUUCUUCAGACAAUAUGCACCAGUCGCUCUUCAUGUCUGCCCUGUCGGCCCACCCUGACCGCUCCCUGUCACUCUGCUGGGAGCAGCACUGCAAACUCUUGCCGGGAGUGGCUGGCAUCACAGCAACUACAGUGGCCAAGUGGACCAUUGAUGAGGUCUUUAGCUUUGUUCAGACUCUGACGGGUUGUGAGGACCAAGCCAAGCUCUUCAAGGAUGAGAUGAUUGAUGGCGAAGCGUUCCUCUUGCUGACGCAGGCUGACAUCGUCAAGAUUAUGAGUGUCAAGUUGGGCCCAGCACUCAAGAUCUACAAUGCCAUCCUCAUGUUCAAGAACGCUGAUGACACCUUAAAGUGACUUUUCUUGGCCCGAUCGGGAGGUCCCACCCUCAGCACCAGUGCUGCCAAACUCUCUGGUCAGGACAGAGAUUCCCCUCGACCAACAGCAGCUUGUCAUGUCCUGCUCAUGUCCUCUCGGCUGACGCAUCUCCUCUCUUUUACGAGUCCAUCUCCCAUCCUCUCCCACCCCCUCCACUCUGCCCCUUCUCCUCCAGCGCUGGGUACAGGCUGAGGCCCGGCCUCGGGGACAGCUGCAGGGACAGGGGGGACAUGGGACCAGCCUGUCCUGGCGUGGCAGCUGUGCCCCGUGUCCUGCUGGGACUGUGCCGGCCUGGGGGGUGUUGAGGGACGGGGGAGCAGUGUGGAGAGGGGAGCAGCUGGAGGCUGACACUGCUGCUCAAGCCACCCAGGUAAGGGAAGGGACCAACUGCCCAUGCACACCGUUCAAAGGUCAGUCUUAGCUUUGCUCAGCAGCUGAGAGAUUUGGGUUUCCUCAAUGUGUUCCUCUGCAGAGGCUUGUGUUUACAUCAUUCCCAAAGGGUGCACUCAAGGAGCUACUGCUCAAUUUGCCUUUUCCUCUGAAUUCUUUUGGCUUCCCCUUUGAAAGCCAGAUGAUGGCUUUACUUUGCCCCUUCUCUGCACUGGGAACCAGUGGCCUACCUCUUGCCUCUUCCAGGGAGCAACGUGUCCUGGCUGCCGCUGUGCCCACCACCAGCAGCUGUGCUUUAUUCCUCUACCACAGCAAUCUGAGGGUCCCACGUGCAGAACAAGCUCUGUUUCCUGUUGCACUUCAGGCUGGCUUGGCCAACACGUCUCCAGGAGAAAGGCUGCUCGAGUCACUUGUUCCCCUUGCAGCAAUUCAAACAUCAUCUGCAAAGGAGAGGCCACGCUUUAGGAGCGAGGCCCUUUCCAGAGCAGAGACACGUGCCAAGGACAAGAAGCACCCAUUCCUCCCCAGGCAGAUCCACAGCUCGCUUCAGAAGGCAUUCCCGAGUUUGCUGACUCCAUCCUGAGCUGCCUUCUCCCCCUUUUCUGCCCUUGUGAGGCCCUCAGGUUUAGCGUCUGAAGAGCAGGAUCUUGCUGUCCCUGAUUCCUUACCUGAAGAGCUAAAAGACAUUCAGCAGUUAACUGGUUUUUUUUUCUGUCCUUUUAGCAACGCAGCACCUUUCCAACAAAGGUGUGGGCACUUUGGGAAUGCCCAUGCAGCACUGUCCCUUGUUUCAGAGGAGAGGCUGAGUAGGCCAGGGGAUCCCAGCAGCAUGCCAGGUAGUUCUGAUUGCUCCUGUGUCCCCCGGCAGCACCCGCGCUGCUCCUGCCAUGGUCUCUGCUCCUCCUGGGCAGUGGUGUGGUCAGACAGUGCUGGAGGGCAGCAUCUGCCUCCAAGACUCUCUGUAGUCCACAGUGAUGUGAUCCAAGUCCCAUGUCCGCUUUCUUUCCCAUUCCCAUGAGUGACAUAUCAGUAGCAAAACAAUUUUUUCCCCCUUUCCCAGUGCCCAAAGACAGGGAUGAAGGAAUCUUAGCAAGUGCACCAGCAACGUGUCUUGGAGCAGCACUGCCUUGGGAGCUGCCAUCACACCUGGGUCAAUCUUGGCUUCCCAUGGAAAUGUAGCAUUUUGACUCUCUUACUGACUAUUUGAGGUCACGUUUGACCAGCUCUUGAAACAUCUGCUGCUUGCUCUUCCCAUAAGACUUGCAACUACUCCAUGUGUUUGUUUUGUCAAUGCUUGGGUUUGAUUUAGGCAGCUCUCCCUCUCUUUUCCUUUUUUUGUUUUCUUCCAUCUCUCCAAACAGUGUAGUGGAGAGAGGGGGAGUGGGAAGGAACAACCACAUCCCUGGGUUCCAUAGUCACUCCCCAAGUCACACCUGAUAGACAGUGAAUGGUCCUGGAGUUGGUCUUCAGUGAUGGGGAGUCUCUUGCUGGGCUACUGUGCUGGGGGUGAAAAGGAGGGGCGCUGGGACCUUCAGCUGUGAGAUUCUCUGUGAACGGUGCCAAGACCUCUCCAGGUGUGGUCUGGAACAGAAUGGCUCCUCUUUGGCUCUUGAUACCCUUGCACAGGAAAUGGUUAUUGAGCUUAUAAGGGAACAUCUCAUGAAAGCAUCCUAUUCUUGUGUGCUCCAUUCCCUCCUCCUCUGUCGUUCCUCCUGUUGGGGCAGGGCCAAAGCGUUCCUGGGUGCCUGGAGAGGAGUUGCUACCCAGGUGUCGGAUCUGAAACUUGCAUGAAGGAUGGAGAGCCUUGUCUCUCACGGGCUGCCCUGGAGAGCACAUGUGGUGGUGAGCCCAGAAGAUCCCUGCUGAAGGGGAAGAGGAGCCAUGACCCAAGCAAUCGCUGGUCCACACGACUGGGAACAACCAACACCAUCGGCUCUGGCCAUGCUCUGCCUGGACACCAGCAGAGGCGCAUGCUCAGGCGCUGGGCAUUGGCAGGAGGCUGUGCCCGCAGGAUGCCGCCUUCCAUGAGCUCCUCUGACCUCUACAAGAACAGAAGCAAAGCAGACCGGACUGCCAGGGUAUCUCACUUGGCUGUGGGGUCUGGCUGUACAGCUCAAUCCCAGGUCACUGCCAGGUCCAAGCUCUGUGUGGGGAGCAGCUGCCAGGAAAACCAACCCUGCUGGAAGGGUGAUGGGGCUGUCACACACACUCGCCUGUUCUUGAGCACCAGUUCACCAGUUUCCGGGCUGACUCCGCUUCUGGAUUCAUCAGGGUGAGAGCUGCAGGGUCUGUAGGUGGUCAAGGGCUAUUGACUGUUAAACUUUUAACCUUCUUGUUUCCUUUAAACCAAACCAGACCCAAAGCAUUGUGUGUGUGCAUGUGGAUGGGGGUUUGUGGGAGUGCCACACCACUGUUUCUUCUGCUGUUGGUUUGUCGCUGUUCUCAUGUGGUGGUUUCUGUGGUUGGGUAGGCAGCAGCCUCCACUCCUGGUGUCUCGGGCGAUGUGUCCUCCAUGAGCAGAACUUGUCUGUGGUUCCACCAAGAGAAGGAAGGUUUGCUGCACCUCUGGCUUUGGCAGCCCUCCCUCUUCACAGAGCAUCGAUGGGGUGUUCUGCCCUCAGGAAGCAGCUGUGACCAAGGCAGAAGCACCAAAGUUUUUGAUCCUUCCUCUGUUCCUGACCAAAUUUCUUACAGGGAUGUCCACUGAGAAGCCGGAGAGGACAAUGGAGCUGAGUCUAGCCUGCAGGUUCUUCUUGGGGGGGCUUUCUGAGGGAUGUGGCUGCAGCCAAAAUUUCUAAGUCAGUGAAGGAUUUUUUCAAGUCAAAUGCUGUUUUGAGUGAAGGCCCCAAGCCGGUACUUCCGCCCUUCCAGCCCCUGCAGCUGCACGCAGUGGUGGUGGCAGGGCUCAGCUGGAGCCAUCAGAGACAUCCCACUACGUGCUCCAUCUUCAAGCAUGGGCUGUCUUCUGGGGCAGCUGGUCCGCAGGUGCCUCUGGGUCCAUGGGAGCAGUUGGAGCCUCUCAGGAAGGUGUUCCUCAUGGAAAGGGGCAGCAUGGUGAGGGUGUGAGGUCUCCCUGGCUGUAGGAACUGUCAGUGUGGAGGGUGGCUGUGCCCCCUCCAUGGAGCGCCACCAGCUCUGUCCCGUGAUUCCCAUGCCUGUCACAAGCACUUUUAGGAGAGAAGGAAACCCAGAAACCCUCCAAGUUGUCUGAGAGGGCUGAGGGCUUAGGGCAGCUGCCAGCAGCAGAGGUAAAUCUUGGGAUGUGAGCACAAGGAGGGGUGUCAGAGAAGGAGGGCGAGCGGAGAGGGAUGGAAUUGGGUUGCUCCUCGUUCCCUCGCCUCUGGAAGGGAUCCCUUGGCUGCAGCCUGGCUCCCUUCCUGCAACCCAGCUCCUGCCCUUGGAGUGGGGACAAGGGGUGGUUUGGAAGGAGUGUGAUGAUGAUGACAGAAGCUUUUUUGCACUUUCAUUCAUUUUUGCACUUGUUUUUAAUUUCUUUUUUUUCCCCCCGUGGUUUUGAUAUUGGCACCUCCUCUCUGUGUUUUCAUAACAAAAAGAGUUUUGUUGUAGCCGGUUAAGCUCUUCUGGAACGUUGUGUCCCAAGUAUAGCGAGAUGUAAAGGUCCUGUAUAUAUAGAUUUACUGUGCCCCGGAUAUAAAUUUAUAUAUACGGGUCAUGGUGUGCUGUGUGCCGUCCGUGGUUUGAAACAAUAAACGAAUGUGAGCAAUGUCUGGGACUGGUUACUAAGCCCUGGGGACACUGGGAACAGAGGACAUGGACAGACCUCUAGACUCCAUCUCCCAGGCCAUAGUGCCCCCUCCUCCUAGGACCCCAGGCCAGAUUCCAGCCCCCUCCUGUCCCGUCUCAUCUCACCCCAUCCUGUCCUGUCCAAUCUCAUCCUGUCCUGUCCAAUCCCUUCCUAUCCCAUCUCAUCCCAUUCCCAUCCCAUUCCUGUCCCAUCCUAUUCCUAUCCCACCUCAUCCCAUUUCUCUCACAUCCCAGCCCAUCCUGCAGUGACUCCCACAGCAGCCAGAGGAGAAGCCAAAGUGAGUCCAGAGGAGGCCAUGGAGAUGAUCUGAGCACCUCCCAUAUGACAAGAGGCUGAGAGGGUUGGGGUUGCUCAGCCUGGAGAAAGAGAAGGCUCUGGGGAGAUGUUAGAGCAGCUUCCAGUGCUGAGAGGGACACCUGGAAAGCUGAGGAGGGACUUUUUACAAAGCCUGUUGUGACAGGAUGAGCAGGAAUGGUUGUAAAGUAAGGGAGGGGAGAUUUAGACUGGAUAUUGGGAAGAAAUUUUUUGACACUGAUGGUGGGGAGGCAGUGGCCCAGGCUGCCCAGAGAGAUUGCGGAGGCUCCAUACCUGGAAACAUUCCACAAUGAGGCUCUGAGCCUCAGAUCCAGUGGAAGGAGUCCCUGCUCCCGCAAGGGCAUUGGCAUAGGGGAUCUGUAAAGGUCCCUUCCAACCCAACCCAUUCUAUGAUUCUAUAUUCCUCUUUUUCAUUCUAUGCCAUUAGAACAGAUAUUUUAUGACUCCCUUUGUGGUCAGGCCUUUCUCACUGAGGUCCGGGCAGACCUCUGCACCGUGUCGUGCACCCUCGCCGCACCCAGAAGUCCUGCAUGGUGCCCCCCAGCCUGGUGGUAGAGAGGGAAAGGACACUGGGUCCAGCCACAGUCUGUGCCCAGGCUCUGCUCUUCCCACAGCUGCAGCGCAGGUUUGGUGGCUCCACAGGUUGGAACAGGAGGGAAGUAACUCAGCUUCCCUUUCGGUUUCCUCCCACCUGCCCUGGAGUGUCUUUCUUCAGAUCACAGACAGCAAUAUCUCCUAUAGGAAGGUCCUUCCUGCGCUGAGGACUCCAGCACUGGACACAGGGCUCCAGGUGGGGUCUCACAGAGCGGAGCAGAGGGGCAGAAUCCCCUCCCUCCCUGCUGGUCCCACGGCUUUGGAUGCAGCCCAGGACACGCUUGGCUUUCUCAGCUGUGAUCACACAUUGUCAGCUCCUGCGGAACUGCUGCUUCUUUUAAGCUCCUUGUAAAAGCCUCACGACUUUAGGGACUUUAGGAUC